UCUCGAACCAGACGGCGCUGGCGAGAGUAUGCGAGAGUAUGCGGGUCGCAGCAACACGGCAAUUACUGUGGGAAGGUUCCGGCAGGGUGGGCAGAGGAGGACCACCAAGCUGUUCUCUGACGCGGCACCGCUGACGUCACCCGCUGCUCAUCAACCCCGGAACCCCUGGACCGGACUAAGUCAAGCUGAAAAUCAAGUGAUGAUCAUCCGUAUGGACUUCCCUAAGAGCGUAGAGCCAGACACGUUCACUUGGCGAGGUGAAAACAGUCCAUCGGAAGCAAGGAACGACCCGUCUCAGCCAUGUGCGGCCAGGAGGAAGUGCCCGGAGCCUGAGAGAAAGAGGGACAUGAUCAUAAGAACGUUUGGCGACUUGUUGGUGGUUGGGCAGGGCUGGCUGAAGUGGCGCGCGUGGGAGGCGGUGAAGCAAAGCACGGCUGUAUCCUGUAUCUCACUAGAAGCGUAAGAACACCGCCACCCAGUGGGGAGAGAACCCAGGAGGCCCUGCCAAGCUUCGCCGUAAGGGAGGAGCUUGCGUCUCUAUGUCCUCCCCUCCCUGCUACACGCUCCUCUGACCCGCGUCCCGUCCUGCCAUGACCCCACCCCACCUCCUCCCAGUCAUCGGGGCAGCCUUGGUACUCAACACAUGACAACUUUCGCCGCGACCCGCUGUCAUCAGACUCAGAAA